UAAAUCAUAAGGCUUCUUUGGAGCUAGAGUUCGAGUCCUUGGUCUAGUAGACCGAUGUAGGUCGAACGGAGAAAGUUUCUUGUGGUGCUGUUGUGACUACGUGUUUGAUUGUUUGUAAGGAAAUUGUGUAAAAAGAAUACAAUAAGCAAACAUCACAAUGGUCGACGAAGAAUCAGGCUGUCAUCUGCGUAAGCGGCGUUUCGCUGGUACCCCGAACUUGGCCUUGAACCUUGAAGUUGGGUAUCAGGUUAAUGAAGGGUCUAGUGGACUCGGUACCCCUUCACCAGGUUACAGUAAAGCAGCACCAACACCAACGUCAGCGCAGCUACGUCGGGAGUUUAGGAAUAAGCAACAAUCCCUCGAUAUCCCAAUAGAAGACUGUGAAGAGAUAGAAAUAGUUAUAGAGAGUGACGAAGAUGGUGAUAAAGAAGAGGAAAACGCAUCUGCCGUCAUCAAAGUUGAUCGUCCUGUUACACCAACACCUGUACAGGACUUUGGGGCUAGUGUUGUAUACACCGAAGGUAAAAUGCACAAAAGGAGUUCACUGGAUAAUGAGUGCUAUUCACGGACGGUUAUAACAAAAGGACCACAACCGAUGGACUUCCUCAACGUAAAUGCGAUAGAACACGAUUGCUACACUGAUGUAUCGGAUGCUGACUCAGAUGAAGAAGAGAACUAGAUAUGAUAAAAUAUUUAGAAUUAUAAUAUAUCAAAGAUUUAUAAGAUUGUUUUAAAAAUGUGUAUUAAAACACCUUAUUCGCUUAAAUUCUAUUUUGCUUCUGUUUAUAGCAAUUUAUUAUAAAUGAAGACUAUGCAUAAAAUAUUUUAAAAACAUUUAGUAUUAGGAAAACAUAUAUAACAAAAUAAUCAGAAAUGUAUUUGUAGUGUGUAUGAAUUGAGUAACAUAAUCAUU